AUGAAGCUAGAUUCACACCUUACUCAACUCUUCAUCAACAAUCAGGCAAGUUGGUUCUAUGCCAAGGUUAGUAUUGUUACAGUACAAGGAUUGACAGUCUAUAACUAUAUCUAUAACCCAGCAGAUGGAACCCUGGUUAGUGAUCAGAUACCCAUUGCUGGGGAGGACGAUGUCGAUCGGGCCACUGAAGCGGCUCAAGCUGCAUUCAGCCCCAGGUCUGAAUGGCGGCUCAUGAGCGACUUUGACCGCCAAAAGGUUCUGCUUAAGUUUGCGGACCUUAUUGAGGCCAACCAAGAACAAUUGGCUUCUCUUACUCGGGUCACCCUGGGGGCGCCCUACAACCCGUUUGGAAAGUCUGAGAUUGACACCGCCAUAGGCUGUUUCAGAUAUUACGCUGGUUGGGUGGGAAAAUUCGCUGGUCAAAGCUUCCCAGCCACUGACGGUUUUUACAAGGUCGUUCGGCAUGAACCUCUAGGUAUUGUUGCAGGUAUCAUUCCCUGGAAUGGCCCAUUGGCAUCUAUCGGCCUCAAAGCUGCACCUGCAUUGGCAACCGGAAAUGUUUUCAUUCUGAAGCCAAGUGAGAAGACCCCAUUGGCGGCGGCUGCACUUGGUCAUCUGGCUAUCAGGGCGGGUUUUCCUCCUGGUGUCUUUCAAGUUCUGACAGGAGAUGGUAGUACGGGUGCGAUCCUCGCUAGUCAUAUGAAAGUGUCCAAGGUGAGCUUCACCGGAAGUGUGGCAACAGGCAAGUCUGUACAGAUUUUAGCUGUAAAGAGCAAUCUAAAGAGAGUGACUCUUGAGCUCGGUGGCAAAAGUCCAGCCGUGGUAUUUGAUGACGCGAAUCUCGAGAACGCCGUCCAAUGGUGUGUGAAUGCUUUGACCACAAACACCGGGCAGAUCUGCUUUGCUGCAUCUCGAGUAUACGUUCAAGACGGGAUCUAUGACAAGUUCUUAGCGGCAUAUAAAGAGGCAAUUGCUGCAAAGGGAGAGAAGAUGGGAGAUCCUGAAAAAGCAAGUUCGGAAAUUGGACCGGUCGUGGAUCAGGCACAGUACGACCGCAUACUCAGAAUAGUCAACACCGCAAAAAGAGAAAAUCAAGGAACCCUUCUUUGUGGCGGAGAGAAGAGGGAUUCGAAGGGAUUCUAUAUCGAACCUGUGAUCUUCUUGGACACCGAUGUAUAUGCUUCAGUUACAAGAGAGGAGAUAUUUGGUCCAGUUGUUGUGUUAAACCGGUUCAAGACCGAGGAUGAAGUGGUUGCACUUUCAAAUGACUCUCGGUACGGGCUAAUGGCUGGAGUUUUCACUCAAGACAUCAAUCGGGCUCUCCGACUAAGUGAAUCUUUCGAUUCAGGUGUCGUGGGGGUCAACUGUGUCAGUACCAUUCAUUUUUCAUGUCCAUUCGGUGGAACUAAAGAGAGUGGUAUUGGUCGCGAGCUAGGCGUAUAUGCUUUACAUGCAUAUACAGAGCCUAAGACCGUUCUUAUCAAUAUGAAGUACUAG